AUGUCGUCAACCGCUUCCAAGGCUGGAUCCAACGUGAGUUGCACCAUCGGCGCCGCCGCCGCCGCCGACACCACCACCACCACAACCACUACCAUGAUGCACCACCCGUCGGCUCCACACCUCUCGAUCACCGUCGCGCAUUCCUCGAAAGCAUUGGUUGGAGAAUCAGAAAAUGUUCGGAAGCUAAAAUGGGAUAUCCCGCAGGUCCUCCGGUACUCGGCCCUCGGCGCCGGUAUCUUCUACGGCUUCACCCACCAGAGGUCCAUCAGCGCCGCUGAGAAGGCCGCUGCUGCCCAGCGCGAGUACGAGCACAAGCAGGAGCUAAUAAACAAGGCCAAGGAGGCCUACGCCAAGUCCAAGCAGCCCGUCUCCGCCACCUCUACUCCUAGCGGACGUGCCUCACUCUGCCUCAAAGAAACAGUCAACCAGGAUCCCAUGAGCCCCAACUUCGACAUCGAGGCCUACUUCAGCGCGCUUCUGGCGAAGGCCUAA